AUGGAGGAAGUCAGAGCACGCAACGCUUACCCCGACGCCACCGACGCACCAAGUCCACCGGGAACAGCAAUCGACAACUUGAAGAUGCCGGUCGCACAAUUUUUUGACGCCAUUUCAAUUAUCAGGAGUGACAAGCAGAAUGUGCUGGAGUCUACGCCACUGAAAAGACCACCAACCGACUUUGUGGCCCCCCAGGACUGGAGUAUUUACGUGAAGAUAUGCUGCCAUUUAAAACAGACUGAAAAGCGAAACGAGUGCUCCGAUGUGGGUGCGAAUCGACAGAAUAUGAAAGAUGACAUUCAGGGUCGUAAUUGUCUGAUUCGUCUAGUCUCCGCCUUCAAUCGACUCUAUGCCGAAUACUCGCUGCUUUGUGACGCCGUGGAGAAGGCGAGGGAGGAGCCUGGCCACUUCUUGAACCACCGUGAUGAAGAACAACGAAUUCGACGGAGCGAGAGUCACUCAGACGAGAGAAAAGGAAGGGGUGAUGGAAACGGUACCAGGGACUACCGUGCACCUGGUGUGAUACCUCAGCAACCCGAGAAUCCGAUUUGCCGAGGAUACGACAGCGCUAACACCUGUUUCACUAAAUUACAGCUAUCCCAAUCGGCGUCGUGCAACUGCGUCCACUGCAGACCAAUUCUGGGUGCUGCCAACACCAAUUACGAAACACAAGCGAGGAAGACUUAUGUAGGCUGCUGCACAGUCGGAAGACGCAAGCCCACCAAGAACAGCUCCAACUCAGCCGACGUCUUCGAUUGCAUUCAGCGCCACCCGCCUGAAUCCUCCAUUUGGGUGAAGCAGGUCCGACGCACUUGGCCGCAGACAGUGCUUACUUCGGAUUGUGAGUUUGAAGAGGAAUCUGGCAGUAGAAUAGAAUCGGUUAGGCUUCCCAUCGCGCUGGAAUUGACGCUUCCACGGAUUCAGCGGCAAGUUCAAACGGUAAUGGCUGUCUGUCCGUUCAUCUUUGAUCCGCUAGAGGUGAUAGCUGAACUCCGGGCAACCAACUAUGAUACCGACGCAUGUGUGGGGUAUUUAGAGAAGACGAAGGUCCUUCGGGACAUUAUCCAGGAGUUUCUGCCGACGAGAACACUCAGACCACCAGUGAGUCGCGAGAUCAUUGAACCAAUGGAAAGUGCUCACAGAGUGUUUGGCAUGACUGAGGCAGAAUUGGAGGCCUUCUUGCUGCACAAUAAGCAGCGCCUUCAGACGAUUCGCAGACUCCAGAAGGACGCCGUUAGGCGGAUUCAACGAUUAUACACUUUCGGCAGUGGCUUGGUCUCUGUGGUGCAGCACAUCCUCGCAGAACGGGGAGGCUUGAGACGGCUAGCUGAAAACGAAGACGACGUGGAGAAGUACAAGGCACUGGUUGAACAAGUGAGCAUCCUAUCCACGGAAAAUUCCCAACUGAAAGAAACGCUGAAGAAGGAGGAGGAGAAAAGGAAGCUGCUGUUUAAUAUGAUGCAGGAGCACUUGGGAAAUAUUCGGGUUUUCUGUAGAUGCCGAGCUAUUCCACACACGGUAAGAGCCGUUGAAGUUACCUCACACGACACGGUCAGCCUGACUAUUGGAAGUGUUGCCGAGGAAUACAAGUUCGAUCGUGCCUUUGGCACUAACGCUACACAGGCGGAAAUCUACACCGAACUGGUACCGCUUAUCUGCUCAUUCAUGGAUGGCUUCAACGUCAGUUUCAUCACCUACGGUGGAGAAUCCAGCGGGAAGACAUACACCCUUCUCGGUGGACGUGAUGGCGUGCCAGAAACCCAGGGAGUCGUGUGGCGGGCGCUGAGGACCGUGUUGUCUGAGAAAGAGACAAGAAAAAAUGACUGGGACAUAAACUUGAAGGUAGGCGUGGUGGAGGUCUACAACGAUACGCUAAUUGAUCUCCUGGGUGGCGUGAAUGGCAUCCACAUUCGCGUGGACGCUGGAAUCGACAGGAUGUUGGAGGCCUUGAGGACGGCUGAAAUCAGAACGGAGGACGACAUCGAUGAGCUGCUGCGGUUCUGCAACGCGAAGCGGAAGGUCGCCAGGACAGCCCUGAAUGAGGCGUCAUCGCGAUCUCACUUGAUAAUCCUCGUUCACAUGUUCGCGGUAAGCAACAUCUACCAGAAGUCGGGCUCAUCAGUCCUCGCCAUGUGCGACCUCGCUGGAUUUGAGGACAUAAUCAAGGCGGAGACCAUGGGUGACCAGACAUUGGCCAAAGAAGCUGGAUUCAUAAAUCGGUCGCUCACUGCACUGAAUCGCGUCUUCACAUCGCUCAAAACACAGAAUCCCGGCGCAGUGUCCUACCGUGACAGCAAACUCACCUACCUGCUCAAACCGUUCUUCAUUAACUCCGGCAAAUGCAUUCUCAUCGUGACGGUGAGGACAGACAGGGCCAACCUGCCAUCAACUCAGGGCACCCUUAGAUUCGGACGCGACUCAAGAGCUGUCAGUUUGGGACGAGCAAGGCGCCAGAUUAGCAUGGAGAAGUUGAUACAGGAGGUGCGGGCGGUGUGA